UGACCCCGGAAGUGGAAGUAGGUGCGGGUCUACGGCCUCGGCGGGGACGGAAGGCGGAAGCGGAGCGUGAGCAGGAGGCGGAGCCGGGGGAGCUGCUCCAGUAGCUCCCCCUGGCCCCAGGCUCAGCUGCUCGAGGGGGAGGAGUCACCGCCGCUCUCCGGCUUUAACUUCCCAUGAUGGCUGUGACUUAGAGCCCUCAGGAAGGCCUGGGGUCAUGGCCCAGAAGCACCCCGGAGAAAGAGGGUUGUGUAGAGCCCACCACGGUGGUGGUACUUCCCUCAGGACUUUAGGGCCUUCUGGUGGCCCUGAAAUUCUUUCGUUCUCAGGACUCAGGGACUCAGCGGGGCGUGCUGCUAAUGGUACCCGCUGCCGUGCUGCUAAUGGUACCCGCUGCCGUGCUGCUAAUGGUACCCGCUGCCUCACAGAACACUCUAGUCCUAAGUACACAGAGCCCCCAAACCCAGCUCACUGGUCGGAUCCAAGCCAUGGCUCCCCAAGAGGCCCAGGCCCACCUCGGGCUAGAGAGGACCCGGAUCAGAGUGAGGCAUAUUCAGAAGAAGAAUCGGGAGUGGAUCAGGAACUCUCAAGAGAAACUGAGGCCAGGUGCCAGGAGCAUGGAAACCCUUCUUUUCUUACCAUUCCGUCUGCUUGCAACUGCCAUGGAAUCUCGGAAGGGCUGUACUCCGGGGGAAAGGAGAGCUUGGCUAGCACCUUUUGCCACCACUGUACCUCUCCAGCUUUGGAGGAAGAUGAAGAGAAAUACAAUGAUGAGGAACCUCUUAAGUUCCCCAGUGAUUUUUCACGAGAACCCAGUGGAAAGAAACCUCCUGCCCGGAGACAGCGGCACCGGCUUCCAGCCAAGGAGGAUACUCGGGAGGGUGGACGCAGGGAUCCCAGGUCUCCUGGUCGACAUCGGCUGGGCCGGAAACGAAGUCAGGCAGAGAGACGCCGAGGCAUAGGACUGUGGGGAGCUGAGGAACUGUGUCAGCUAGGACAGGCGGGCUUUUGGUGGAUGAUCGAACUGCUGGUAUUGGUGGGAGAAUAUGUGGAAGCUUGUGGCCAUCUGAUCUAUGCAUGCAGGCAGCUGAAUGGCAGUGAUCUGGAUCUUUUUCGAGUCUGGGUGGGAGUCUGGGCAGGGCGACUUGGGGGCUGGGCCCAGGUGGUGUUCUGUUUUCUCAGCCAGGGAUUUCUCUAUGGGACAGGGCUGUUCACCCGCUUUCUCAGACUACUGGGUGCUUUGUUGCUCCUGGCACUGGCCCUCUUCUUGGGCUGUCUGCAGUUGAGCUGGCAGUUUCUCCUGGGAUUGGGUGACCGUUCAGGCUGGAGAGGUAGAGCUACCUGGCUUUUCUCUUGGCUCGAUUCUCCUACCUUGCAGCGUUGCGUGACUAUGUUGAGAGAGAGUAGGCCAUGGCAGCUGCUGGUAAGAAUGGUUCAGUGGGGUUGGCUUGAGUUGCCUUGGGUGAAGCGGAGGACCAAUAGACAAGGGAAUGCACCUGCAGCAAGUAGUCGCUUCUGCCAGCCUGAAGAGGAAGUGGCUCGACUCUUGACUAUGGCUGAGGUUCCUGAAGAUGAGCUAAACCCUUUCCACGUGUUGGGGGUUGAAGCCACAGCAUCAGAUGUUGAAUUGAAGAAGGCCUAUCGGCAGCUGGCAGUGAUGGUUCAUCCUGACAAAAAUCACCAUCCCCGGGCUGAGGAGGCUUUCAAGGUUUUGCGGGCAGCUUGGGACAUUGUCAGCAACCCUGAAAGGCGGAAGGAAUAUGAGAUGAAACGAAUGGCAGAGAAUGAAUUGAGCCGUUCAGUGAAUGAAUUUCUUUCCAAGCUGCAGGAUGACCUCAAGGAGGCAAUGAAUACUAUGAUGUGCAGCCGAUGCCAGGGAAAGCAUAAGAGGUUUGAAAUGGACCGGGAAGCAAAGAGUGCCAGAUACUGUGCUGAGUGUAAUAAGCUACAUCCUGCUGAGGAGGGAGACUUUUGGGCAGAAUCAAGCAUGUUUGGUCUCAAGAUCACAUACUUUGCACUGAUGGAUGGAAAGGUGUACGACAUCACAGAAUGGGCUGGAUGCCAGCGCGUGGGAAUCUCUCCAGACACCCACAGAGUCCCCUAUCACAUCUCAUUUGGUUCUCGGCUCCCAGGCACCAGUGGGCGGCAGAGAGCCACUCCAGAUUCCCCUCCUGCAGACCUUCAGGAUUUCUUGAGUCGGAUCUUUCAAGUACCCCCAGGCCAUAUGUCCAAUGGAAACUUCUUUGCAGCUCCUCAGCCUGGCCCCGGACCCACUACACCCUCCAAGCCCAACAACACAGUACCCAAGGGAGAAACCAAACCGAAGAGGCGGAAGAAAGUGAGGAGGCCCUUCCAACGUUAACGCCCCAACUCUUUCUUCCUCAAAUCAAUGUCAGGGAGUCCAAAGGGCUGUGUACAGCACAGGAUGGAGUUUGAUUUAUUUUUAAAUACUUAAAAAAAAAGGGAAACUUUCAAGCUCAUAUUGUUCACUCAGUACUUAUAGGAAGCCCUGAAACUACUCUCCCUCUUCCACCAGCACCCAGGAACUGAAUUUUGUCUUCUGACAAUACCAAAGAAAUUAGGGAGUAACUAGAGCAAGAUCUAGGGCCUAGACCUGGGCUGGACAGUAUCUCCCAUAGCAAUGUGGGUAUCUCCUGGGUUCUAGAGCUAUUGUCUUAUUUUUUGCUUCUAGAGCAGAUGACACUUUCCUUCCUCUUUAAAUUACAAGUUUUCUUACUUCAUAACCCAUUUCAGGAGGGAAUUCCAUCCUUUACCCAGAAGAACUAGUUGAAAGA